AUGGCAACCAAGGUCAUUCUCACGACAGGCGCCAACCGUGGCAUCGGCUUCUCCAUCGUACAAGCACUCGCACAGCGCUCAUCCGACCUCACGCUCCUAGUUGCAUCUCGAUCCAAGGACAACGCCAAUGAAGCUGUAUCUCAGCUGCAAGGAUUGGGUCUGAAGGCGGAUGUCCAACCUAUCGAGUUGGACGUUACGGACGAUGUUAGCAUCAAGGGUGCCGUUGAGGAAGUCAAGGCAAACUAUGGGAAGCUCGAUGUCUUGAUCAACAACGCUGGCAUCGCGGGCAAGAUUGCUGAAGACAACUCUGAUUUCCGGGAAAUGUACCAGAAGAUCCUGAACACGAACGUGACCUCGGUCGGCCUGGUCUCGACACUCUUCCUGCCAUUACUUCGAGAGGCCAAGGAUCCACGAAUCGUCAACGUGUCCUCCGCUCGAGGCUCCUUGACACUGGUCACUACGGGAAAGAACCCACCAACGGCAUUCAUCCCAUACUCCGUUUCCAAGGCGGCCUUGAAUCUGCUCACAGUCGAGCUGAGCCACACUCAUCCGGAUAUCGAGUUUCAAGCAGUGAAUCCCGGCUGGUGCAAGACGGGCUUCAAUGGGUUCAGAGGGCCGAAAGAUCCUUUGGAAGGGGCUCAAUCUGCUGCAGAGCUUGCAUUGGCUCCUAAGGGGCAGUAUAAGCCUGGCUUCUGGGCUUGGGAGAACAAUGCGAUGGAGGAGGUGCCUUGGUAG